GCUUUGAAUUGGAGAUGGAACAGCGGAUUCGAUGGAAGAUUCAAUGGCGGAUUCGAUGGAAGAUUUCAACGGCGGAUUCGAUGGAAGAUUCAACGGCGGAUUCGAUGGAAGAUUUCAACAGUGUAUUCGAUGGAAGAUUCAACGGCGGAUUCGAUGGAAGAUUUCAACAGUGUAUUCGAUGGAAGAUUCAACGGUGGAUUCGAUGGAAGAUUUCAACAGUGUAUUCGAUGGAAGAUUCAACGGUGGAUUCGAUGGAAGAUUUCAACAGUGUAUUUGAUGGAAGAUUCAACGGUGGAUUCGAUGGAAGAUUUCAACAGUGUAUUCGAUGGAAGAUUCAACGGUGGAUUCGAUGGAAGAUUUCAACAGUGUAUUCGAUGGAAGAUUCAACGGCGGAUUUGAUGGAAGAUUCAACGGCGGAUUCGAUGGAAGAUUUCAACGGCGGAUUCGAUGGAAGAUUUCAACAGUUGUAUUCAAUGGAAGAUUCAACGGCGGAUUUGAUGGAAGAUUCAACGGCGGAUUCGAUGGAAGAUUUCAACAGUGUAUUCGAUGGAAGAUUCAACGGCGGAUUUGAUGGAAGAUUCAACGGCGGAUUCGAUGGAAGAUUUCAACAGUGUAUUCGAUGAAAGAUUCAACGGUGGAUUUGAUGGAAGAUUCAACAGCAGAUCUGAAUGUGGAUGAUAAUGAGAUUGUGAAUUCAGUUCUUCUAUUCCUUUCAUCAUAUAUUUCAUCAUCAUCACAUUGAUUAUCUCACUUGAGAAUGCCAUAUUGAAUGAAGUUGAAGCUGCCAGAGCUGAAGAAGAGAAUAUAAUCACUGACAUUUGAGAGAUCUGUAUAGAAGAAUUGAUUGUAGAAAUUAUAGAUUCAUUCUUCUGAUUCUUCUUCUUCUUUCUACUCAUUAAUCAUUUUGUCAUCUCUCUUAUUCUUUAUCUCAUUGAUAAUCACCCGUUCAUACAAUCUGUAUGAGAUGUCAGACUCAGGUGUAGGGAUUCGCGGAUAUCAAGAAUCCUCAGACUGAGUCUCUAUAUCCUUCUCAUCCAUCUGCUCCUCUAUCUCAUCAUUGACCGGAUCCUCUCCAUUAUCCAGAACUUCUGGAACAGGUAGUUUGGGGAGACUGAGGCGCAGGAUAGGAGUCUUUGUACAGGCUUGCAAAGCAGCAGGACAGCGGGCGUUGCGAGGCAUAUUGAAAAAAGGGUUGAUUGAUAUAUGUGGAUUUGAUGAUAAAGGUAAGAAAGACGCGUAUUUGGAUGA